AUGGGGCGACGAUCGAUAAAUACCACCAAGAGUGGUAAAUACAUGAAUCCUACGGAUCAAGCUCGUAAGGAAGCCCGCAAGAAAGAGCUUAAGAAAAAUAAACGGCAACGUCAAAUGGUUCGAGCUGCUGUGCUUAAGAUGAAAGACCCUACACAGAUUUUAGAAGAGCUACAAAAAAUUGAUGAAAUGGAAUAUAAUGUUUUACAACCAUCACCACUCAAUGAAAAGGUGUUGAAAGAGAAGAGAAAGAAAUUAAAAGAAACAUUUGAUAGAGUACUUAAGAUGUAUUACAAAGAUGAUCCUGAAAAGUGGGUUGAUCUAAAACGCCAAGAGGUGGAAUAUGAAAAACGGAGAGCCCACUUGAUAUCCUACUAUGAAUCUGUGAAGCAUGCCCAAUCCGUGCAGGUUGAUGAUAUACCUCUUCCGACAUUGCAGGUUCCCGAUAAUUUGAUCUAUGGAAAUCUACCAUUACAAAUACCUCUACCGGCAGACAGUCUGCAUCCAAAUGCACCUAUAAAACCCAUACUAAAGAAGGACUCUGUGUACAAGGAAAGACCUUCGGGUCUAGAACCACCAGGUGUGCCACCAGGUCCGCCGCCUGAUUAUGGUUGUCUCUUGGCAGAAGUCAACAAGCUACAAUCUUUAAUGGAGAAGAAAACUCUUCGAUUCUCAGACAUUCCCGAUGAAGGUCCACCGGGUCUUAACAUGCUAGCUCCUCGUGGUCAUCUAGAAGAUUUGGAUGGUGAAGCAAUGGAUGAAGAUCGACCCCAGAGCCCUGGUGUCCCCGCUGCGGCUCCUAAGCCCACCUCACUGCAGCAACGGAUGUUGGCGCUCUCAGGCCAGAAUAUAGACGACUUUAUGAAAGAGAUGGAAGAGGUUCAUCGCAAGAGGGAAAGAGAUAGAGCUGCUGAUUUGAGCGCUAGGUUAAGUGCUCUUAAGCGCUCAGGCGUACCAAAUGGUCGUGAUAGCGAUACUGACAGCGAGCCAGAAGGACAAACGAACAUGCAGCUCAAUGAUAACAUUGAACCACCUGGCGCUGAGGUUAGGGGGAUACCACCACCGCUGUUGCCUGGUCUUCGUCCACCGAUGUUACGAAUGCCUCCAGGAGCACCGCCCGGGGCUCCACCCGGUGUGCCCCCUGCGCCCCCACCGGGAAUUCCUUUGGGAGCUAUGCCACCAGGACCACCCCCUGGUCUCCCAGGGAGAGGGCCACUCCGACCACCUGGUCCUCCACCGGGUGCCCCUCCACGUCUCCUACGGCCGCUCGUUCCACCGCCUCCUCCGCAUGUCUCGGUGUUAUCUGCUGCACCACAGCUUAUAAAAAAGAAGGACGCGUCACAGAGUGCAACUAUAAGCGCCAAGCCUCAAAUACGGAAUCUAUCAGCGGACGUCACCCGCUUCGUACCAUCUGCGUUGCGUGUGAAACGUGAAGACAAGAGGGCCAGACCUGAACACAAGACAAUGGUGCACAGAACCGAGGCUCCCAAACAGCCGACCAAAGACGACGCUUACAUGCAGUUUAUGAAGGAAAUGGAGGGGUUAUUAUAG